AUGAGCAUCAUAUCAUUACCCCACUGGACAUUGAUUGAAAAUGAUGAUAUGAAUGACCAUUUUAAAAAUGUUAUUCAUUGGAAAGACUUCAUCAAAAAGAAUUAUGGUCAGAAGAUUAAGGUUAUGGAAGGUAAUCGAUAAAAAAAAUUUUUUUUAUUUCUCAAAAAAAAUACUGUUCUGAUUAGAAUUUAUCGGAAUGCUCAAACUGUAGAUUUAGGAGCAAAAUCGAUCUAAAAGCUUAUGUCUGUAAUUAGUGAAGAUUAUUAUAAGAUGGAAGUUCAAUACAAUUUAUAAAGGCAAGGUUCCCAUGUAAGUUCCAAUGCAUUUAAUGGUGAUCUAAUAGAAUGA